AAUUUGCGACACCACUCGCGAGGUACUCCGUCUUAUCUAUGGCUCGGCGUCUCAGCACAGCGCUGGCUGAGCGGCUGAGCGACUCUUCCCCCCCGGACCUCGUCUGCGGACAUAUGGACACGUUAUUGAUCACCGCAUUUUUAUCUCAGGAGCAGCAAUCCCGCGUUUGAAUAAGCUCUCAUCAACGCACAAUGUCCAAACCAACCUAUUUCAUCCCCCCAACGUUCCACAACCCCCCGGAUGGGCCGCUCAGACUCGGACAGCUGAUCGUGGCUGUCGACGACCCCGCCAACGCACUGGACACGCCCGAGCCCUUCCUGCCGCACCAUAUCGAAGUCUACAUCAACGAGCAGACGGUCGUGUCUCACGGCUACACCUCGUCGUCGACCAAGGACCUAGGCCUCUUCGCAAAAGCCGUCCAGGCCGUCGCCGUCAAGGCGGGCGUGGCCUGGUCGGCGCAGCACCAUGCGAGCAUCCUCUCGCAUAUUGAGCGCCUCGAAGUCCGCUUCAUCCAGCCUGAUGACGGCUACGUCAAGGCCAGCUUGCUUCGAACGAAGGUUCAGGAUAAGCUGAGACGGUGGGUGUGGCAGAAGCGCGCGUUUAUGAUCACGGGGCUUUGUAUCGCGCAUCCAUCCAGCGACGUAGCGGAUACUAUCGCUGUGGAGAAUGCUAGGAAGGGAUACGUUGGGGGCGAAGCAGAGGCCCGCGUCCUCGAGGGGUUGGGCAGCGCCGGGGCUAGAGGUCAUGCCUCGGCGGGUGAUGCAUCAUCGCACUUCCUUAGACUCACGCCUCGGCAGCCGUUUGUCUAUGCCUUUCAGCUGAGAACGUGCCGCUAUGGACGGCGAAAAAUCACGAACAGGCCGGCUACCGAUGGUGCGGUUAUGAGUGAGGGGGAUAAGCCCAGUGGCCAGCGUGACGCGUCAGCCAAGCAGGAUGGCCCGGAGGCGUUCCAAUUCGUUUAUGACGAAGUUGCGGAGGAGGACCUUUCGUUGGAUGAGCUGGGUUAUGAUGGAGAAGGUCUCACUCUUGUGGGAACUAGUGAUGAAAUUACGGGCGAGCCCUGUAAUGUGAUCAUGUCGACCACCUCGCCUGCGGGAGAGGCAUCGUCGGCGUAGGGAGGGUUUAGUUACCUAGCAAGGGAGGACAUUUUGCGGACUCAAUGACUCUUGAAUCAUAGCGUUAUAGGUACUAAAAUGUAACAGUCCAUCAAGUGGCAA